CAGUGCAUCUUUUGGUCGCAGACGCCUUGUUUACCUACAUACCUGGUAGGUACUGAAGGACACAAGUGCUCAACGUACGAUGUGCCUAGCUGCAUGGCCUGCUCCAGCAUUUCCCCUCAGAGCUGCCUGCAAGUAGUAGGGGAAUGUGCAGCUAUAUAGCCGGUUACAGGAAUUUUGUGACCAAACAAAGCUCCAUGUGGGCUGGGCUCCUUCUGUUUCCAAGUUGUUGGCGGGGUUAAUUCUUCCGUCACUGGAGACUCAUCCCAGAAAUUAGCUUCGGCAGCCCCAGAACAUUGUGCCCGCCCAUGACGUUUCAAUAUUUGUCUGCUGAUUCACAGACGACUUUCUGUCAUCCCUCAUCCAUGCACACAAACCUUGAUCCCAGACGAACCUCCCAAGUUUCGUGUCGAACUGUCUGAAAUUCAAUAACGCGAUUGACUACCAGAGGUACAUGGUCUUUUGUUUACUUCUCAACGCAUCACACUGCUUGCAUUCACGACUAGGCGCCUGCCACCCUCACCAAGAGGAGCCAUUCAACCUGGCCCUUUAUAAAAAGCUCGAUUCUCCGCCGCAACUGAGAAGCGGCAUUCUUCUUCCGCCACCAUCAUUGAUCUGACGGCAGACUCAGACUUUUGUGUGCCAAAUUUAGUCGCAUAAACACCAUAAUGCCUCCGCCUUCCUGCAUCUUCGUCGUCCGACACGGCCAUCGACUCGAUGCUGCAGACAAACAGUGGCACCUCACAUCUCCAACACCAUACGACCCUCCUCUCACAUACACUGGAUGGACGCAGUCCAGAAUCACCGGCGAGCAAAUUGCAGCCAUCCUGCGUAAGCGCGCUCAAGAGUACGAUGCCUCGGAACCGGAAAAGAAGACGCGCCGCAAAAAAUGUUUUCGAGUUGUUAUUCACACGUCGCCGUUCCUCCGAUGCAUACAGACUUCGAUAGCCAUCAGUUCAGGGUUGGCAUCGAGGCCGUCGUUGCUGGUCGAGGCUAGAAGGGCCUUGUCGCCACUGCAACUAAGUCAGAUCAGCCAGGACGCGGGCGCCACAGGAAACAAGCCACGGCGGUCUAGACCAGUUGGCAAGAAGGCUGUCUUACGUAUAGACGCCUGGCUUGGCGAGUGGCUAUCACCGUCCUACUUUGAGCACAUAACCCCUCCGCCUGGAUCUGUCAUGAUGCUGGCAAGCGCCAAGGCAACACUGCUAAAGCCCGAAAACUACCAUAGUUACCCGCACAUCCAGACUCGAGCACACUCAAACUCUUUGGUCCAAAACACGAGCAGCGGUCAUCUCUGGGGCUCAGCUGGCGCACGGGUCGGCCCGAGUCCGCUGUCGGCGGCGCCAAUAAGUGCAGCGGGGAAUGGGUCCAAUUCGGCGCCACUGGAGAAUAUGGACAACAUAGAAAAGGCCUUGCCGCAGCUGGAAUCACGGCAAGCAGUCGGUUGGGCUCACAGUCACAGGGGUACGAUUGAGAGCCAGAGGCCUUCAACAGCGCCACCUGCUGCUUCAGAUGCCGAGGUCGGAGCCUACGACCCACCCGUGCCCUCAUUCUCGAUAUCCAAAAAUGCUCCCAUCCCAGAGGGAUACGUGAACCAUGCCAAAGACACUUGUGUUAUUGUCGACUAUCAGUGGGACUCGAUGCGCCCCCCUUAUGACUGGGGCGAUGGCGGCGAGCUGCCCGAGGAAUGGUCCGAUAUGCAUAAGCGUUUCAGCAAGGGCUUGCAGAAAAUGGUCGAUUGGUACACCAUCGAGGAGGAACCGGCAACAGCAGUGACCAGCGAGGCCAUCCGACCAAAAAUGGCGGAUGGAAGUGAGACGAGGGUUGAAGACGGUAAUGAGGACGACAUUGAGACGGUGGUAAUUCUCGUUUCGCACGGAGCCGGCUGCAAUGCCAUGAUCGGGGCUAUCGAGCACAAACCUGCGUUGAUGGACGUGUCCUUGUCGUCGAUCUCGCUCGCAACCCUGAAGUCAAAAAACAGCUCUUCAUCGAGUAAUCACGACGGUGCUCGAAUGCACCACAGGUACGAUCUCAAGCUGAAAGCAAAUGUAGAACACCUGCGACCAUUGGCACCUGCGAACUCGUUACGUUCGCCGCCGGCGGGAGGCAUGUUUGAUGGUAAUAGCAAUAGCAGAGCUCGCGCGAACCAUCAUUCCUUUUCGUCUGGAACUGCUAGCAACGGGAGUGAUUGGAACUCGGGAGGUGGUGGUAUGAGCAGGAAGGUAUCUGCCGGUCGGUCCAUCGCAUCCUUCAGGGAAGGUUUGCAAAAAUCCGGGGGCCGCCAAGAUACAGUCACGCCCUCCUUCACGCCUUCAGGUCUCUCUCGCACACCAUCACUGGGUUUGUGGUCCCCCAAACCUUCCCAAAAGGUAGACGAAGAGUGCAUUGAUGACGAGGAAGCAGAACUGAUGGAUCUGCGGAGAACGGAUGUUGGAAAUGGCGGCACGAUCCGUGUUGAAAAAGGUGGGCAGGUCGAUACGGCGGGAGAGGGUGAAGAUGGUGAACAAGAUGUGGUUCCACAGCUCCCAUCGACGGCGGAAAGGCCGGAUGUGGUGCGCGACACGAGCUCCUCGAAACGACGAUGGACCGUGACCGACCGAACCUAGUAAUACGAUACUCAUGGGAUUACUCGAGAAAGGCGAUGAUCGAUCUUUGGGGAUGUGUGUGCGACACCGUGUGGACAAAAGAGACCAUCAUGAUUGGAAGACGCUUAAGAUCAUGACUGAUGCCUUUGGAGGUGCCUAACCACACGUCCAUUGAUUGAAAGAUGAUGAUGAGUACAGCUCUGGGCUCCAGAUAUGUCUGACAUUUUGUACGACUGCAUUUAUUUUCUCUUUCAGCUUGACGACAAAGUAUGAUACCCCAAUCAUCAAUGCAUCAUACCUUUUUUCAGGUAAAACGGUGGGGAACACAAGGCGCAACAGUCUGUUCAUGUCAGGCUAUCUUUCAUCGUGCAGGAGAAACCUCUGUUCCACAGGAUAUUCCGACAAAUGCAGCUUCAUUUGGUCGUAAUAUUAAGACUGGUAGCUCGAUCAACAGAAGGGUAAAACCACGGCAGUGAUUAACUAUGAGCUGACUAUCUAAUCCAGUAUGUUCCAUUACAUCACAAAACGCAUCUGCAUCUGUAUGACAUCGCGGCAUGGCCUG